CACGAAAUUUGUUUACUUUAAUUUAUAUAACUGUGGGUUAGGUUUUGCAUUAAUUUGCAAAUAAAAAAAUGUAAAUAUAAUUUUAAUAGUAGUAUUAAUGUUAGUUGAAGGAGUGUGAGGUAGUUAGGAGAAGUGUAGUUGAGGUCAGUGAUCGGCAUCGCCUCGCCCGAGCUUACAACAGUGACAUCUUCACCAUCUCUCUACCUCACUGGAUGUAACUUCAUCACCAUCACACAUUAUCUCCAGGUUGUAUGUGCAGGAUGGUGCGUGUAAGAUGUAAGUGGGAUCGGGGCUAAGCACUGCACACCUGCCCCAGGCUAGGACGCUCUCUAGCCCUCCACACUUACACCUCACAACCACCACCACCACCAGAGCCACAAUGUAUUCAUCCCACCACCACCACAACAAGCCGGGAGCUCCAUCACCAGACAGUGCUGCAGCUGCUGACAUUUUUGAGCAGUUGUGUGCAGCCAGCACCUUUAAGUCGGUCCUCUACCACUACCGUCAAUUAUGUGAUGUUCUCAGGCUCAAACCUACUAAUAUUAGAAGCUUUUAUCCUAAAUUAAAGUCCAAACUUCGCUCAUGGAAAGCUCAAGCUUUAUGGAGUAAGUUUGACAAGCGAGCUAGUCAUAAAUGUUACAACCAUGGCAAGGCUUGCAGUAACAGCAAAGUUUUAAUCAUUGGUGCUGGACCUUGCGGUUUGCGCUCGGCAAUAGAAUGUCAGCUAUUGGGUGCUAAAGUUGUGGUGGUGGAGAAACGAGAUCGGUUGUCACGUAAUAAUGUUCUCCAUCUCUGGCCAUUUGUAAUCUCUGACCUUAAGCAGCUGGGAGCAAAGAAAUUUUAUGGAAAAUUCUGUGCAGGAGCUAUUGAUCACAUAAGCAUCCGGCAACUUCAGUGCAUUUUGCUGAAAGUGGCUUUGCUGUUGGGUGUUGAAGUAUUCGAGUCGGUGACCUUCGAGGAACUGGUUGAACCACCAGCAGAUCAAGAGGAAAAGAUUGGUUGGCGAGCAAGAUUAAGUCCACCAGACCAUCCGGCCAAUCAGUACGAAUUUGAUGUAUUAUUUGGUGCUGAUGGCAAGAGAAACACUCUCCAUGGCUUCAAGCGUAAGGAAUUUCGUGGAAAGCUAGCCAUUGCCAUAACAGCUAAUUUCAUCAAUAAAAGAACUGAGGCAGAAGCUAGAGUUCAAGAAAUCAGUGGAGUAGCAUUCAUCUUUAACCAAAAAUUCUUCAAAGAACUCUAUGCAGCAACAGGGAUUGAUUUAGAAAAUAUUGUUUAUUAUAAGGACGAAACUCAUUACUUUGUUAUGACUGCAAAAAAACACUCUCUUAUCGACAAGGGUGUGAUAAUAAAUGAUUUGGCAGACACUCAGCAGCUUCUACACUCCAGCAAUGUGAACCGCAGUGCUCUGCUAGAUUAUGCACGAGAGGCUGCUGACUUUUCCACAAAUUACCAACUCCCUCAUCUAGAUUUUGCCGUGAAUCAUUAUGGGAAACCUGAUGUUGCCAUGUUUGAUUUUACAUCUAUGUUUGCAGCAGAGAAUGCUAGUCGAAUGGUUGAGAGGAAGGGGCAUAAACUUUUGGCAGGACUUGUAGGGGACACCUUACUAGAGCCUUUUUGGCCAACUGGCUCUGGAUGUGCCCGAGGAUUUCUUAGUUGUUUUGAUGCUGCCUGGAUGGUGCGAUCUCUUUGUUCAGGAAAGAUGACUCCUUUGGAAGUGCUAGCAGAGAGAGAAAGCAUCUAUCGCCUUUUGGCACAGACAACCCCAGAGAAUCUUAGUAAAGAUCACUUGUCAUAUACGUUAGAUCCAGCAUCAAGAUACCCCACCAUCAAUGUACGUGCAGUGCUUCCCUUUCAAGUGCGUACCCUGUUUGACACUGAUGAUCCUUCCCACCUUGAGGAGGUUACCAAUCCUCACCUAGUCAAUUCUGACGAUCUACCAAAGAAGAGGAAAAGAAGAGAUUCUUUCAUCCAUCCUGAUACUCUGCUGGUGUGGUGCAAGAAGCAAGUUGCUCUGUAUGACUCCAUACAUGUAGACAAUAUGACCACCUCCUUUAAGGAUGGUCGAGCUUUAUGUGCUAUUAUUCAUCGCUACCGUCCUGAUUUGAUUGACUUUGAGGCCUUACGGCCAGAAGAUGUUGCUCAAAACAACCAGCUAGCAUAUGAUAUCUUGGAGCGGGACUUUGGGAUCCCUCCUGUUAUGACAGGUGCUGAAAUGGCAGAAUGCGAAGUUCCAGACAAACUGAGCAUGAUAUCCUAUCUCUCUCAAAUCUAUGAUGUCUUCCGUGGAGAAAUUCCCCACUUCAAAUAUCCAAAGAUGGAUGAUGGCGAGAUGGAGGUGGAGCAGCAAUAUUCUCCCACGCAACGCUCUACUCCCCAUGUCAACAUUCUCAAGAACCUCACUAAUAAAACUGCUAGCACUUCUCAGGGUACACCAUCUUCCAGAAAGAGAAUGUCGUUAGAUCGAGGAAUAGGAAAAAGGGAUGAUGGUCGUAUCACUUGUCGAUUAAUAGAUGAUGCUGGAGUAUCUACUGCAGAUAGGAGGUUGGAAUCUCUUAAAAGAACGAAAAAGAGGAAAAGUGAAAAAGUUUCUUCACCUCAGGAUGACAUUGAAUCUCGUCAACGACGUGAAGAAAUACUUACAAAUCGACUGGACCAAUUAAGGAAGCAGAAGGAAAGACGAGAAUUAGACAAUGUACGUUUCAUCCGCUCAAUGCAGAUGUUACAGUGUGGAAUUGCUGAUCCUUCCUCUGUCCAACGUUCUUAUAACAGAGAUGAAGACUGGGGCAUAACUGAAUAUAGGAAGCAUUGUGUUAAGACAAUGAGAGAAAAGGCGGAAGAUUUAGAGAGGAAGCUGAAUCAUCGACCUGUAAGAGUGGAGAAUGUAGCAGCAUUUCAUACGUCCCCCGCAGAUGUGUGUGACCAAACCCUCAAGAAGAAGAUUCAUGAGAAUAAGUUUGGUAUAGAUGUACAAGGAGAAAAGGAGAAAGUGCCAAAGUGGAACAGAGAUGCAUAUGAUGAUAAGUUUCACAAUAUCGAAAGACGUCUAAGGGAAAAUGGAGAGGAUGAAGAGACUAUUGCCAAAUACAGAGAUAUAGACACAUCACUAAAAAGGCUGGAAAUGAAGCUGCGUGAAGGGUCAACUCUGGAGACUGGAAUGCGUGGACAAAACAAAGUCUCCAACCUUGCAUCUCAACUGUCUUCCAAACUGGAGAAGAAGGAACCUGAGGUUUUAAUUAUGAGACAGGUGAGAGGAUCAUUGACAUUUACAUUUUGGGAAACUAGGGUUAGAGAGAAACCAGUAUUGUGUUUAGAUGAAAAAAACAUUCUGUACAAUUUAGGCAGUAAUUCUAGAAUGAUUUUGAAUUCAGCCUCUGAACCACAUUAUCAUUCUGAUGAUUCUGCUAAAGCAUCUUGGGUGCGAGAUAAUAGAUUAUCAAAGAGCUUCAAGAUCACUGGCAGUACAGCACUUAGAAAGGAAGCUAAUUGCUUGAGCUCUAAUUGUCAUAUGCAUUAUGGAAAAUGUAGACAUAAUUCCCAGUUGUUUGUGAAAUUACCCAGUGGAGCUCACUUAUCAGAGAGUGAUUGUCGCUCAGUCAGAACAUUUGCAAGGGAUUCCAAAUGCACGAUAAUGAAUGAAAAGUUAGUACAGCCAAAAAGACAGCAGAAAGACAAUGUGUUAACAAAUGCUGUGCUGUCCAGUGUAGGUAAAACUGCUUCAUCUUGUCAGAGUCUAAAAAAGUUAGAUUGUUCUUCCUUGGAAACAUCUGUCAUUGAUAAGGUAUUAUCUUCAAAGAGUAAUAUGAGCUAUACUCUGAUGACACCAUCCUUGUUAUCCUCUCCCUCCUCUUCCUCUUCUCCCUUAGAUGUAACUACCCACCAGAAACAUGUUUAUGAGAGACCAUACUAUGACUGUGGUUAUGACACUGACUCUGACUCAACUCCUCCACACUCCAGUCCGGAGUGUGCAAGUGCAAAGUUGAAAACUCCUAGUGCCUCAUCUGUGUGGAGACGCUAUUUAAUGUGGCUGCAGCGCAUGACCAAGACUCAGGUAGUCUUUUUCAGGCUUGCAGCAUCAAUCUCAGAAGAAUUAAUGUAUAUAGUGGUGGGAAAAAGUUACCAGGUGAUGGUGGCACACAAACUGUUACAGGUACCAGUAGUGGUGGGGGCAGGCGAUACAACAGGUGCCCUCGUUAGCAGUCUUGGUGUUGGGAAAGGUGUUACAACCGGCCUUUCCCCUGAAGAUCGAGGCACCACUCCAGAACGUGUAGAGUUUGAAAAUUCAGUUGUGGAACAGAGUGAUGAGGAUGAAUACCUUUCUGAGGAUGAAUGGACUGAUCGUAACUUUGGCGCAUCAGCCAAUGAGCUGGAUGAUUCUGAUGGUGAAGAUGAUAGUGAUUAUUCAGACCUGAGUGAUGAAGAAGUUGAUGAUGAAGAAAUGCGUUAUCUUGAUGGUGGGGGAACUCUAACUGCUGCUGAGACUCGCAGAUUAGCAGAGUCAUGGCAGAGACGUUAUUCUACUGACCGUCUUGAUGAUGAAGAUGAAGGAGGCUCGGCUCAUGAAUCAGAAUCUGACCUUGAUUCAGAUAAUUACAGUGAAGAAUAUGGAGCUGAAGGAGAUGAGAGCCACACUGCUACCGAGGGUGAAGGAGGCGAAGAUGACGAUGAAGAAGAUGAAGGUGAGGCAGUAAGACGUGCUCGUGAACUCCGACGUAUGGAAGUCAACAUUGAUGUGGCAGCUCCACCAAGGAAAGCUGAAACUUCAGACAGUGGUUCUGAUACCGAGGUUGCAAGUGAUGAAGAAAGUGAAGAGAGUGAUACUCAGAUUGACACAGAUUCAGAAUUUGCAGAAGACCACGUUCAGCCAGGUCCUCCCAAGGAAAUUCCCACCAUUGUUAUUAAUGAAUCUCAAGACACUCAUGAUACACACCUCGGUCCCUCAGUGGAUAAAGGAAAGGAAAGUAAAGGUCAUGGUGAGGUUGGUGUGAUCCACGGGAAGGGUGAACCAAGAACCGACUUUGUCUCACAGAAGGUAGACCUGGAACAAGCAGAUAGUAAGGCAUCUAGUGACUGGGUAAAGGAAAAUGGUGAGAAAAGUGCCAGCUUAACUAAUCUAAAUGAAACCAGUACAAUAAAUCCUCGAGCAGAACAGCUUAAAAGGCUUUUGCAGCGGACAGACUCCACUGAAGCAAUAGCAGCUCAGAGAGCCUUACAACUGAAGCGGCAGUACCUUCUUGGGGAGACUGUGAAUCUUCCUAGAAAAUCCGUCUCGACAGCAGAUUUAGGUAGCCGAUUUAAGAGUUUCAUGGAUAAAAUAUCUGAAACACAGAAAAUGCUGAAUCCAGCUCCUCAGCCUAGUGCAGCUAUGCAAGCAUUUAUGAGCUCUUCAUUACCUUCCCCUCGGAGUCCAGCAUCUUCACCAUCAUCCCCUCUGUUGCCUGCAAGGUCUGCCUAUCUUCCUCAGGGUGAUAACACUUCAGAAUCAACAAAUACUGACAAAGUUGAUGUAGAUACCUCACUAAAAUCAUCAGUAGCAGUGGAUAUAUCAGCAUCUAAAGUUACAUUAGAAACUGCUGCUCACGAAGCCAAACAAAAUAUCACUACCCAUAUAGAGUCUUCAGUAUAUCCUGUAGAAGCAGCAGAUGAAGUAGAGGUCCAGUUGAAGGUUCCAGAUCAGUUGAAAGGCUUUCCAGUAUCUGAAGAAUCUUCUAAACCAGAUGAAGAAGCCAUAAGUAAACCAGAAGAUAAGUUGGUGAAAGUUACGGAAUCCGAAAGCAGUAGUGAAACCAGCACCAGUACAUCCAGCGACAGUGGAUCUGAUUAUGAUAAUGUGCCUUCUGGUUGCAAAUGGUCUGUUUCUAAAAAGUCACCAACUGCCAUCGAGAUUCAGAAAGAAGCAAACUCUUGUGUAAAUGAUAAUGUAGUAUAUAGCAGUGAUGUAAAAAGUAGUGAUGAUAUUAUUAACACAACAGCAAGUGUUGAGAGUUAUGUAGUUCAAAGUGAUAUUAGUGUAGGUAAAGUACAUGUAAAGAAUGAAAGAAGUAAUGUGGAUGAGCAGCACGAUAGUAUUGUAUCAGAUGAAACAAUUGAUGAUUUUGGAUUAUCAUUGCCUGGGGAAAGUGAAGGCCUUGAAACUGUUAAUCAGGAGCUUGUGAUGGCAAAUAUGCCACAUAUAGUCGACUCUGAAAAUAUCGAGUGUCAAAAUAUGUUUAAUGAGAGGGUUCAACCAGUUUCUUUUCUUAAUGAUGAAUGUACAGAAAUAGAAAAUCAUAUUGAUAUAGAGGAUAAUGUUGAUGAACUCUUUAAUAUACUAGCUAGUGAAGCUAUAGAAGAUAUUGAUAAAUUUUCUGAAUUAGUAGAGUCAUCUGGUACAAAUACUAAUGGUUUUUCACACAGUGACAAAAACUCCCAAACUAGUGACACCUUGACAAUUCAGGAAUUGUCAGUAUGUGAUAAAGAAAACGAUCAAAGUGUAAGUGAACAGGUUGAGCCCAUUAUCGAAAUAAUUGUAGAAAAUUUGAAAACGCAUGAGAAUUUAGAAAACAUACAAGAUAGCUUACCACUUAAGAAAAUCAUGGAAGUUAGUGAUCAAACAAAUCCAGUGUUAUCAAAGGAGAAUGUAUCUAGUCCUGAGGAAGGUAGGGAGAACACAGAACCUGAAUUGUCAGAUUGGGCAGGUGAUAAUGAUGGAUUAAGUGCUGGUGAAGAAUUAGAAGUUGAACUUGAUGAAACUGAAAAACGGUUAGUGAAAAAGGAUGUCUCUAAAACUAUCGCAAGAAUAGCAUCAGAAGAAAGUCUAGGAGACACAGACUCGGCUGUUUCUUCUUGUCUCAAUAUUACCUCAGUGCCUUCAAAGCCUUCUGUUCUUGCAGAUCUCGAAGGUAUAGAAUACAUGGACACCAGUGAGAGUGCGAGCAGUCCUGAUGAUAUAUCACAUAAACAACAGGGAUAUAGAAAGCUGGAAGAAGAAACUCCAACAACUCCUAUAGCUCCACAAAUCUCUCUGAUUGACCUUGAAAGUGCUUCUGUUCAGGACCAAAGUGGCAGUGAAAGCAAAUCAUCGGAGAGCACAAGUACAGAAUUGGAUGAUACAUCACAAGGUAGUGUGCAAGAAGCCCAAAAUAACAACAUGGCUGAAAAUGAAAGCAAAGAACUCAAAGAUGUAGUAAACAAAACUAAACCUCACAUUUCACAUGUUAUGAAAAGCAUGUCUGAGUCGCAUGUACCAAAAAGUGUGUCUGAGCCUCCUUCUCUUAGUGAAACAAGACCAAAAUUAAAUGGAGAACAUCGACGAGAUUCCCUGGACGAUUAUACAUCUCCAAAACGCUAUGAAGGAUACAUUCCUAGAUUCAAGGAAAGAAUGAGUCCAUUUGGAUAUGUGAGAGAUUCUAUUGAUAUUCAAAAGAAUUCAACAAAAUCUCCAUUGUUUACUCCUUCUAAAAAGGAUAUAGAAGAGAGAGAGAGGAAUGAGCAAAGAUUAGUGCAGUUAACAGUCCAGAACACUUCCCUGGAAAGUAAACCAUUUGUAUCUCCUAAUACAGCUAAGAAACAGAUAGAGAGAAGUUUAAGAAAUAAAGAUAAAGAAAAAGAAAAAGAUCUAAUUAAAGAAUUAGUCAUGUCACGAAUAUCUCGGAAAAAUUCUGAAAAGUCUCCUAGAAGAGGUUCAAGAACAUCUGUGAGUCCUCUUUCUUCCACUGGAUCAAGGACAUCUCUUUUUAGCCCUCAGUCAUCUCAGGAGAACCUUCUUGACAAAAUGGAACAUACUAUGCAAGAAAAUUAUAUAAAAGUGGAGAAUCUAGACAAAAAACCUGUUCAUAUAAACAGUAAAGAGCUGUUGAGAUUAGAUUCAAUUAAUGCAGAGCUAUCAGAAAGUGGGCAGACAUUUGCUACUGAGGAGAAUCUUGCAAAAGUUAAAGUAGGGUCUUCCUUUAGAAAUGACAGUAUUUUGGGCAUGACAGAUAAAGGGCAAAGUCUUCAAGAGGUAAAUGUUCCUUUUGUUGAUGAAAGCCAGGAUGAAGAUGUAUUUGAGAGACAUGUCAAAAAUAGCAGUAAGACUGCACCUAAACAAAGUCCCAGUGAUGAGACUAUUAAUGAAAAACAUGUUAGUGAUGCAGAACCUUCAAGUCCAGCUCACAUAAAUCUUCCAGCUACUCCUAUGACUCAUCCAGAGCAAUUUAUUAAGUCACCAUCCAUGAGAGAAUUAUUUAAAGUGCCAGCUGUUCCAGUACCAGUUACACCAAUGAGACGAAAUAAAACUGGUGCUUCUAACAUGUCGACACCCAUCAGCACAGAGAGGCCUCUCUCGACUCCAAACUUAAGUACUGUAGAACGAGAAAGAGUCAGAGAGGAAGCUCGCAUUCGUGCACGCCUUAAAACAGAUUUGGAUCUAGGACUGAGUCCUCCAAACUUGGUUGAUAAUUUAAGAGAAAAACUAAAAAGAGGCUGUUUAAGUGAAAGUGAAGGUGAUAAAGAAGAAAGAGUAAGAGAGGUUCAAGCACUGGAUAAACUAGCACCAGUUAAAAUUCAGGAAAGAGAGGACUUGACACCAAAAAAUAAAGAUGAACGGGUUAAAGAGCUGCUUGCUGAACAACGUCAGCAUCGCAACAAAGAUACUACAGAUGCUCAGCAGGAAGGAUGGAACAAAGAUGAUCGUGUCAGGGAAAGAUUAGAGGAAUAUCGACAAAGAAGAAGAGGAAGCACGAGGAGUAGCGAAAGUGGAGACUCACGACCUAAUAGUCAACUUUUGCGACGCCACACCCACCGACCAUCAUUAUUGGAACUUGAGUCUUUACAGGUGUUUACAGUUCCUCCAAGUAAGCCUUCCGUAAGUGUACCAACUUCCAUAGUUAAUGCCACAGUAACUGAAAGCACAAGUUCUUCUCCAACCUUCAAUUCCUCACUAUAUAAUCAACAGUCAACUCUAGCUCUACCAGCACCACUAGUACCACCACCACCAUCAUUAUCUCCAGCAACUCCAGCUAUAGCUGCUAUCUCCAGUACCACUCCAACAAGUCAACCAUUGCAGGAAUCUACUUCAUCAGAAAAAAUAUUAGAGAAAAAAUCUGGCAAGAAAUCAAAAGAUCGAGAAAGGAGAAGAAGCUUGAUACAAGUUUUUACAGGUAUGUUCAGUAAGUCUGGUGGAGAAGAUAAAAAGAAGACUGAUCAACAGUCUCCACCAAGUAAUGCACCUGAUGGAUCCUCAUUGAGUAAACCUUCAUUAUCACUUGUAGUGCCUGCAAGUUCUCUCAUGAUUGAUACACCAAAAUGUGCUCCUAAAAGCCCAUCAACUGUUCGGGAUAAACUAUCAAAAUUGCGAUUGUCAAGAUCCAAAGAAAAGAAAAAGGUUGAAAAAAGUCGAUCCAAUAGUGCUGACAUCCUUGGUCAUGGAAGUACCAGUGAAACCCGUGCUGCCUUCUCCUUACCCACCUCUCCUUGCCGGCGUCCAAUUCCCUUCUUACCUUCUUCCUUCACUAAAGCCUCAUCACCACCUCAAGCAUCAGGAUCCACCUAUUCCUCUUCCCAAGUGCGCCUCACCACCCCAAGAAUUGAAGAAGAAAGUCUUUCGGACGAUGAAGGAGGAAGUACAGCAGGAACACCUGUGGGCACCCUGGAGCGUGGUCUUCAGGGUACAUGGUCUGGAUCAACAAAUCGUAAACAUCGAACUGCAGCCUUGAAAGCAGCAAGGCAGGCAGAACUCAAAAGGCUUCGGAUGGCACAAGAAAUUCAGCGGCAGCUUGAGGAGUGUGAGGUAAAAACCCGAGAGCUGGAAGAAAGAGGUGUUGCAGUAGAGAAGGCACUUAGAGGAGAAAGUAGUGGAGCAAAUCGUGAUGAGGCAGAUUUAAUGGGAGACUGGUUCUCAAUGGUUCAUGAGAAGAAUGCUUUGGUGAGGUGGGAGCAGGAACUUUUGGUACGGGCCAAGGAGCUUGAGUUGGAGGACCGUCACGUGAGGCUGGAACAUGAGCUUAGGCAUCGCAUGGCUCUCUCUGAAGAAGAGAAAUCUCGAGAAGAUAUUGACCGUGAGGGCACCAUCCUAGCAGAAAUGCUGAGUAUCCUUGAACAGAAAGAUGCAUUGGUCACCAUGUUGGAGGAGGACAGACAGAGAUAUAUGGAAGAAGACAGAGAUUUGGAAUCAGUUAUGCUACGCAAAGGGCUUCAACUUUCACCACUCAGAAGAGAGACUGGUGUUUAAGUAGUGUAUUUAAAUAUCGCUUGUAAACAACCAGUUUUAUUACGAUCUAUGUGAUGUGAUGCGAUGGCAUUGUUGAUGGGUAAUGUUUCUCCAACAGUGGAAGAUAACCCUGGUGUAUAUCAUAUGUAACUCAAUUACUUUAAACUCAUGUCCUCGAUUCUUUCACUUUUGUGCAUUAUCAGUUAUAGUUAUGUUCUUGAACAUUAUGUGCAGCUCCUUGAAAUUUUUGGCAACUUUUAAAUAUACAGAUGAUUUUUUUUACUUUGAUUGCUAUAGAGCUUUAUUUUAUUCUGUACUAUGAAUAUAUUACCUGGUAUAGUGAUCAGUUUUACAAAGGCAUUAAAAAAUGCAGUAGUUUCUAUAUUUUGCCAUCCUUAGAUUAAUGUAGAAACUGAUGCAUGAUGCGUUUCUAACAAUAUCAGGGUAUAAAUUGAUGCAAAAGUUUUGAAGCUUUGCAAGUAAUGUGACAAUAAAAUUUUUCUAAAUACUUACUGUUAUUGUCCCUAGAUGCAGUACAUGAUCCCUACUUGUUUUUGUAGUAUUUAUGAGAAACUAAAGCACUUUAGCUUGGUAUUCCUCUUAAGUGCAGUGCAUUUGUAGAUUGAUUAGUCCAUUUUAUAAGCUGAUGAUUGCAAGAGUCAACUGAAUAUCAGACAUUUGACUAUCCUGAGCUAUUACUUAUUAUAGGGCAACAUUUAUUUUAAGCAUGCUAAUGCUUAAGAUUGUUAAACAUAUACAUUUCAAAGGUAACUUAUGUAACAAGGAGGAAUGUAAGGUCAGAAGAAUUUAUAGUUGUUUAUAUUAACUUGAUUUAUCAGUAUUAGCAAAUUCUAAAAUAUAAUGUGCCUUUAUCACUAGGUCUUGAGCAGCUGUUAAUAUAGAUUAAAACUGAAAUUGCUAAUGGCUUAUUGUUUUAAUGGCAUGCAUACAAUGCCAGUGAGAGCUCAUUUGGCACCCACCCAGGUUCACCAGAUGGUUUUGCUGGCUCUACAUGUAUAUCAUAAUGAAGAUGAACCACUAGUUUAUUUGGUCUCCACAUUUGGCACAAGAUUGCAUUCUGUGUUCAUGCUUUCUUUAAUCAGCUUUUAAGGGCUAUGAAUGAUUACUGUAUACUAUAUAAUCUUCUUACUUUUAUAUGUCUCUAUAAGCCAAUAAUACUGCUGACUUAAUUUAUGAAUCAGUGCUUAUGUAACACUAUUUAUACUAUAAAGUAUGCUCUCAGAAUUAAAUAUACAUUAAUGUAUUUUUUCCAUGAUAAUCAUUUUUAGGAGAGCAAUAAGAGAGCUGUAUACUUUUGUUGUGAUGAAUACUAAACAAUUUUGUACCAUGAUUUUUAACUUUAACCUGUGCAUUUGUAUAUAUUAUCAUCUCUUGGUAAAAGAAAAAUAAAUAAAUUAUAUAUAUAUAUAUAUAUAUAUAUAUAUAUAUAUAUAUAUAUAUAUAUAUAUAUAUAUAUAUAUAUAUAUAAUUUUAUUUAUUUUUCAUGAAACUCUCAUAUAUUUUAAGGACAGUAUAGCAUAUUAGUAGAUACUGAGAAAAUGGGCAGUUUCUCUUUAGGAGGGGACAUGCGUAUCUUAGCAAUUCAGAUGCCGACCUGUUCUGUGAAAUUUGCAAGGGAUAGGUAAUAAGGUAAGCAACCAACAUGAGGCAUUGUUGAUAGUAAGGGCAAACUCAAUAUCUUAACUUUGGUUAAAAAAGAAAGCCUUAAAAUGUUAUUUAUGCAUAUAAAAACAAGCCUUAUUUUUUUUUUUAAGCUAUUAUUUUAACUCCUUUUUGAACAGUUUAGAAGAAUUAGCACUUACUAUUGGGAACAUCUCUUAUAUCUGUCAUAGUGAGUUUUAACAAAGUCCAAUCAGAGUGAUACCCAUGUUAGUGUGUGUGUGUGUGUGUGUGUUUGUAUAUGAGUGAGGGGAAAAUAAGUCUGUCAUUGUUUGUGUUAUGCAUUAGAGGUGCAAGGGCAGAUAUUCAUUUUCCUGAUUAAAAAAUAUUUUUGUCUAUUUAGUAUUGAGGUCUCUGUUUAUCAAAAUCACAAAUGAUGUAAAUGAAUUCCUGUCUAAUUUAUACGACUUUUUAUAGAUGCAUUGUUUCAAGAGUACAUUGAAGCUAAUAAUGGCUCUUGUCUCAUACUGUAUCAUUAUUUACCAUGGUGCUCUUAGUAAAUGAAAUUUUAAAUUA